GAAACUAUUAUUCAUUUGGUAGUUCGUUUUCGUGGGUAUGCAGGUUUUUGUAAAAACGUUACGGGUAAAACCAUUACUCUCGAAGAUAAAGAAGAAAAUCCACCAGACCAACAGCGUCUUAUUUUUGCUGGCAAACAAUUAAAAGAUGGUCAUACAUUAUCAACUAUAAGAUUCAAAAAGAACGACUUUACAUUUGGUGCUACGUCUUCGUGGCGGUUGAAUCAUCAGAUACAAGACAAAAAAGGAAAACCCGCAAGAUCAACAGCGUUUAUUUUUGCUGGAAAACAAAUAGAGGAUGAUUAUCAAGUAAAACAAAAAAUCCAUGACAAAGAAAGAAUUCUUCCAAAUCAGCCACAUUUUUUUGCUGGAAAACAAUUAGAAGAUGGUCAUACACUCUCUAAUUAUGAUAUUCAGAAUGAAUCCACACUUCAUUUA